AAAUAAUGUUUAUUUUUUUAAUGUAUCGAAUCUGUGAGAGCGUAUCGCAGUGUGUGCUGUGCCUUGUUUUGGUUGACAAAUGCUGCUUAUUUUGAAGCAUGGCCAUCCCCAUAGCAAUCCUAGACUGUGAUUUGCUCCUACAUGGUCGAGGCCACAAGACGCUGGACCGCUUUGACCUGGACUCGGUCUCGGAUAAUUUCCUCUUCACUCAUUUUGGCUUUCCAAGGAACUUCAUCUUGUACCUGGUGGAAAUCCUCAGAGAGUCUCUGAGCAGACGGACCCAGAGGUCCAGAGCCAUCAGCCCUGAGGUGCAGGUCUUGGCUGCGUUGGGCUUCUACACGUCUGGCUCAUUCCAGACGUCUAUGGGGGACACGAUAGGGAUCAGCCAGGCGUCCAUGUCCAGGUGCGUGUCCAACGUGACCAAAGCGUUGGUGGAGAAAGCGCCUCAGUUCAUCACCUUCAACAGAGAUCUUGCCAACAGAGAGCAGUCCUUUCAGGAGUUUCAGAGGGGUGCAGGAUUUCCUGGAGUCCUUGGGGUUCUGGAUUGUGUUCAGGUUGCCAUCAAAGCUCCGAACAGCGAAGACUCCUCAUACGUGAAUAAGAAAGGGUUUCACUCGGUGGCCUGUCAGCUGGUUUGCGACGCCCGAGGUUUGCUACUCAGCGCUGAAACGCAGUGGCCUGGCGGACUCGAGGACACCAUCGUCCUCGAGAGGUCGUCCAUCUUCAGACAGCUGCAGGACAUCAAGGAGGGCUGGCUGCUGGGUGACAGCCGUUAUCCUUUGAGGAAGUGGUUGAUGACCCCAGUCGAGUGUCCGGAGUCCCCCGCAGAGUUUCAGUACAACCUGUCUCAUGCGACGACUCAUGAGAUAGUGGACAGAACGUUCAGGGCAAUCCAGACCAGAUUCAGGUGUUUAGAUGGCACCAAAGGAUGCCUACAGUACUCUCCGGAAAAGAGCUCAGCCAUCGUCCUGGCCUGCUGCGUCCUCCACAACGCCUCGCUCCAAUCUGGACUGGACGCCUGGACCCUGGAGAGGACGGAGCCCCUCGAGCAGCCCAAGGGCCCCGAGCAGAGACCCGAGGACCGCGACAGCCAGGCGGAGGAGCUCCGAAAACAGAUCAUCCUGGAGCACUUCAGCUGAAACACUGGCCUUACCAAAGAUCACAUUAGGAACAAUGAAGUCUACAGACACGGUGUUGCUGAUGCAGUUUUUUAAUAUUUUGCUGGUUUCUACUCUACGGACUACACUAAGAUAACAUAUUUGUAUAUGGAGGAACAUGCAGGAAGCUAUACAACGAACAAAGACAAACAGGACACAUUUCAAAAACAACAGGACCCUUCUGUGGAAGUGCUUGAUGACUGACUCUCAGGACAUUCUUCCAAAUAUUCAUGGAGAGUUCAAACCACGUACAGCUGCUGUCGUCCAGGUUUUUUUACAUAAAAAAAGCCCCACCCCGUUCAUUUUAUAUUUUUGUUUCCUCCCCCAAAAAUUAAUUUUUUUCUUUUUUUUUUUUUAAAUCAUCCCAACAAGAAAUUCCACAGGUUAAAAAUCAGGGUUAUGACACAAAAAAAGAAAAAAAAAUUGCCCUUAUUUACAACUGCACAUGAAGUUUUUGUUUAUGUACAUAUGAGAGAAAAUGAAGGGGCUUUUUGUUUACUAAAACAAAUAAAUACAGAAAACCUGYGAUAAUUCUGAA